AUUAUUCGAAUGUUGGCGCACUUUGCUAUACAACUUACAAGCUGUUUGAUGUUUUUGAAUGAAAAUUUUGUCAGUUGACCACCAAACUAUAUCAUCAUGGUAACUCCAAGAAGUAUAAUGUCUAUUUGUCCACACUUGAUUCCACAAGAUAAAUGUAAAACUCAAUAUGAAGGAUUCAUAACGGUGUCUGGAAGAGAUUUUCACCUCAAAGUUGAACUACCUCCAAAUAAACAACUCAAAAAUGCAAGAGUAUUAUGUGGUUGGAAAUUGCAGCAACUUCUGCAUGGAUGCAAGGAUGUGGUGUGUCAAAGAAUUCAACAGAGUCCAGAUUUACAGACAUUUUUAGUUGAAUUGAAAAUUACCAUUGAGAAAAUGCUGGAGUCUGAAAGCAUGGUCACUACAGGAGAGAUGCCAAGAUUAUACACUCAUCUUAUACAACAGAUAGAAGAUAUAGGAUGGGACAGUACUUUACAGGAUAUUUACCACCAGUUUUCCCAGGAAUUAGAAAAAUAUCAAGAUUAUUUUGAUAUUAUUGAUGAGAUUGAUGGAAAAACAUGGGUGCUUGAACCAGAAAAUCCCAGCUAUGCAAGCACAUUAAGAAGAAUUGCCUUAGGAAGUAGCUCAUCACUGCAGAUUGACAUUGAUCCAUUCCACCCUAGAGUAUUGCCAGAAUGUAGAUUUUUAGGUGCUGAUCAUGUUGUAAACCCGUUGAGGGACAAACUCAAUGCUAAUUUGGAGAGAUGGGAUCCAUUGCAGAGUGCUUUGAUGAACUUACAUAAUAUCAUACAGAUUGAAUUUCCAUCCCCUUCAAAAAUACAGAAACAGGAUUUCAGUAUGGAAUGUGGUAUAUGUUACUCUUAUCGACUAGAGACUACAAUACCAGAUAAAGUAUGUGAAGAUCCAAGAUGUGGACAGCCAUUCCACCAAACUUGUCUUUAUGAGUGGUUGCGUGCACUACCAUCCAGUCGUCAGAGUUUCAACACCAUAUUUGGAGAAUGUCCUUAUUGCAGCAAGCCAAUCACAGUCAAGAUGGUUACAAAGUGAUGCAAGCUUACAUUAGAGAAAUGCUAGCAAGGCUGACAAUAGUCUGGUGUAACCCAUGGUGACUACAACCGCAUAAUCUGUGAAUAAGUAAUACUGUACAACGGAACUCAAGACUAGGAAUUUUGUGCCGUUAUCUUCAUGGAACAACCUUUCCAUGCUUUGCGAUUCAUCAGAUCCCUAUACACCUGGUUUACAAUCACUAUUGAUGUGUCCAUCUAUCCCCUCCAUCAGUAAUGUUGUUUUGAUCAAGAUUUUGAUGAUUUGACAAAGAUUAAAAGAAAAAAAAGUGCCUUUAUAAACGCCUGUGACUAAAAAUCGUGAUGGACACUCAGUUUGUUCGUUAUUACAUUGUUCCCCAUUUACCAAAAUUAAAUACCAGUAAUUCAAUCAACCAAACCACAUGUAACAUACAUUGUAAAGCAACACCAAUGUCAUAACAAAAUAU